AGAAAUGGAGCAGAACCAGCUGUACCAAGAAACCUUCUCCUGUUCGAUCUGUCUGGAUCUACUGAAGGAUCCAGUGACUACUUCCUGUGGACACAGCUACUGCAUGAAGUGUAUUAAAACUCACUGGGAUGAAGAGGAUCAGAGAGGAAUCCACAGCUGCCCUGAGUGCAGGGAGUCCUUCACACCAAGGCCUGCUCUGAGGAAAAACACCAUGUUAGCAGCUUUAGUGGAGCAGCUGAAGAAGACUGGACUCCAACCUGCUCCUGCUGAUCAAUGCUAUGCUGGACCUGAAGAUGUGGCCUGUGAUGUCUGCACUGGAAGAAAACUGAAAGCCAUCAAGUCCUGUUUAGCCUGUCUGGUAUCUUACUGUGAGAAACACCUUCAGCCUCAUUAUGAUUCAGCUCCAUUUAAGAAACACAAGCUGGUGGAGCCCUCCAAGAACCUCCAGGAGAACAUCUGCUUUCGUCAUGAUCAGGUGAUGAAGAUCUUCUGUCGUACUGAUCAGAAGUGUAUCUGUAGUCUCUGUUUAAUGGAUGAACAUAAAGGCCAUGACAUAGUCUCAGCUGCAGCAGAAAGGACGGAGAGGCAGAGAGAGCUCCAGAGUAACGGCAGCGCCCUGUGGGCACCAGUAAGUGGUGUCUUUGGUAGCAUGGCCUAA